UGGUUCAUAUAUGUUUUUGUCUCAUUUUUGUGGGGAUGGUUCGGCAAACCAAGUUGUGGUUUUUAUUCUCUCUCUGGAUCUGAGCUCUACCCCCUCUCUCUCUCUCUCUAUCUCUCUCUAUUUCUCUGCUUUCUUCUUGAAUCUAAUACGAAUAUCGUUGUUUGUUGUUCUUAUCAUCAUCAUCAUCAUCAUCACUGCAAUAAUUUUCAGCAUCCUCGAAGAGAAUAAAGGCCUCCAUUAUCUCAAGCUUUUCAAGAAGCUUGUUCAUUUCGUUUGUUUGAUCUCCAUUUGUUACUCGUUUGCGAAACAGGAUCAAGGAGCAGGAAACGCCCUUCAUUCUCUAAAGACACACAUAUACAUGUUAAAGGCGUAAUCUUGUUCUCUCCCUGCAAUCUGGUGGGGGAUUGUGAAUGGACCUGAGGGAAUUGAAACAGAAAGAGGUCAUAUUUUAGAAGAAAAUGCUUUAUUUGAAGCAGCCGAAGCAAUGACGAGUUGUUUGUGAGCUGAGGUACAAGUGGUUGUUUCAUUUGAAUGCUUGUGUGAUUGGUUCCCGAGCCAGAGGCUCGGGAUCUGAACUUCAUCGCCCGUAAAAAUGGUGCCAGACAAUGAUAGUAGGUCUACUCCCCCGGAAGAGGAACCACCUUCUUCUUCUCCUUCUUCUUCAUCCAGGCUCGCCCCUGAAUCCCUUGGCGGCAUGCAAAAGUUCUCGCUUUAUGAGACUAGAUCGAAGUUUUAUAUGAUAGGUAGAGAUAAGAGUAAAACACACUGGAGAGUUCUAAAGAUUGACAGAUCAGAUCCUUUGGAGCUAAACAUACGCGAAGAUUUGGCUACAUAUUCAGGGAGGGAAUGCUCUGAUCUAUUAAGAAGAAUACAUGAGGGAAACAAGGCAACCGGAGGCCUAAAAUUCGUCACAGCUUGUUAUGGAAUUAUUGGUUUCAUAAAGUUUCUUGGUCCUUACUACAUGUUGAUUAUCACAAGGAAAAGACAGAUUGGUUCAAUUUGUGGGCACAACAUAUAUGCUGUCUCCAAGAGUGAAAUAGUUCCUCUUGAAAAUUCCAACUUACUUGGAAACACAGUUAAUGCCAGGAGCGAAAACAGAUACAAGAAGCUCCUAUGCAUGGUGGAUCUUACAAAGGACUUCUUUUUCAGUUACUCUUACCAUGUUAUGCGCAGUCUUCAGAAGAACAUGUCUCAAAAAGAUUCGGGACCUGUUCUAUAUGAUACCAUGUUUGUUUGGAAUGAAUACUUGACACGUGGAAUAAGGAAUCUUCUCCACAAUACAUUAUGGACAGUUGCAUUAGUUUACGGCUUUUUUAAACAGGCUACGCUAUCUACUAUAUCUGGCAAGGACUUUAUACUUACUCUUAUUGCAAGACGCUCACGUCAUUAUGCUGGUACCAGAUAUUUAAAGCGAGGUGUGAAUGAGAAUGGAAGAGUAGCUAAUGAUGUUGAAACAGAACAGAUUGUAUUUGAGGAUGUUCCAGAAGGAGGAUUUCCAACACAGCUUAGCUCAAUUGUUCAAAACCGUGGCUCAAUUCCCCUCUUCUGGUCACAGGAAACUUCACGCCUUAAUAUUAAGCCUGAUAUUAUAUUAUUUCCCAAGGACAAUACUUAUGAGGCUACCCGGCUUCAUUUUGAAAAUCUUGCAUCGAGAUAUGGAAGGCCUAUAAUCAUUUUGAAUUUGAUCAAGACUAAUGAAAGGAGACCUCGGGAGUCUAUCCUCCGCUCAGAAUUUGCCAACGCAAUUGAAUGUUUAAACAAAGAUCUACCCCAGGAGGAUCGUCUUAUGUUCCUACAUUGGGAUCUCCACAAACAUAUGCGAAGCAAGGCUACAAAUGUUCUACUACUGUUGGGAAGGGUGGCUGCAUAUACUUUAACAUUGACAAGUUUCUUUUAUUGUCAAGUAACUCCAGAAUUGAGCACAUUUGAUGGGUGUUUACAGUUCCCUUAUUUUAAGGAUGAAAAGGGGGGUGAGCAGUCUGUUAUCCCUAAUGGUAAUGAGCAUAGUUCAGAGAUGGAAAUUGAGAAAAAUGGCAAUGAGCACAAUUCAGAGAUGGAAAUUGAGAAAAAUGGCAAUGAGCAUAAUUCAGAGACGGAAAUUGAGAGAAAUGGCAAUGAGCAUAAUUCAGAGACGGAAAUUGAGAAAAAUGGCAAUGAGCAUAAUUCAGAGACGGAAAUUGAGAAAAAUGGUAAUGAGCAUAAUUCAGAGACGGAAAUCGAAAAAAAUGGUAAUGAGCAUAAUUCAGAGAUGGAAAUUGGUGGUGAUGAACCUAGUAAUAGGGUAGCCAAUGGAAAUGAUGGUGUGAAGUUGCCAAUGUUCCAAAAGGGGGUUCUGAGGACAAAUUGCAUAGACUGCUUGGAUAGGACGAAUGUUGCACAGUAUGCAUAUGGUUUGGCAGCACUUGGGAAACAGCUUCAAGUUCUUGGGAUUACGGAUGAAGUAAACAUAGGCCUUGAUGACCCGAUAGCUAAUGAGCUAAUGAGGUUCUACGAGAGGAUGGGAGAUACACUAGCACACCAGUAUGGGGGCUCAGCUGCACACAACAAGGUAUUCUCUGAAAGAAGGGGUCAAUUGAAAGCUGUCAUUCAAUCCCAAGAAUUUUUUAGAACUCUCCAAAGAUACUAUAGCAACGCAUACAUGGAUGCUGAGAAACAAAAUGCAAUUAACGUUUUUCUGGGAUAUUUCGAGCCAGAAGAGGGUAAACCUGACUUAUGGGAACUGAACUCUGUUCAACACGGGAAAGGCACAGAGGAAGGAAAAGGAGGGUUCUUCCAUCGUUCAUUUUCUGAUGGAAAUAUAAUCCGUGAAAGCAGCUUACCCAUAUCAAAAGGCUCCGGCUUUAAGCACGAACAUUCUGUGCCUGCUUUUCCAGUUAAUGACAACCCCCCAGGGAAAUGUGCUAUUUCUGAAUCAAGCGCUGGGAUAUCUGCCUGUGAAAACGAAGACACAUUUUCAAGUAGGUAUACUUCUUCUUCAGUGCCGGGGAAUGGGCAAACUAGUGACAUGGUUAACUCCUCCAACUUCCUUGAUGUAGACUGGCUCUCAUCCUCGGGUAAUUCUUGCGAUGACGAGUUAUUUGAAAGGAUAAAUGGUACAAUGGGAGAUCAGUCGAUUCCAUCAGCCAGCGAAUACGAUUCAAGCUUGGGGGGAACUGAACACUCAGCAACCACUGAUCGGAAUUAUGAAAACUUGAAAGAUUUUUCAGAAAGUUUUGCGCACUGGGUGGCGUCUGGAGAAGCACUUUGCCAUUAAAAAUUGUGGAUGUAGCUGCGGCACUUGUGAGCUGUGUGAUAUUUUUUUUACUCAUCUUCCCAAUAAAAUAUUUGAAGCAAAAA